AUGCAGGGAACUCCUGCCCAUCGCAUCACUUGUCGCGAUGCGCGGUACUAUGGAAGAGAUUGGACGAGCCAAGGUGACAAAGAGUUCCACCCAGGAAAGGAAGAUUGGGACUCGGAGAAAGCUGCUGACGACAGGCCCCUGCCACAAUUCCUUGCGAAGUUCAAGAACUGGAGCGAGACCUUCUUCAUCAAUUUGCGGAGUGGCACAUUCGCCCGUGGUCCCACAUACGGCCUGCUGAGAAAGGUCAUCGAAGAUCCGAAGCCCUUCUUGCAGCCCUUGCUUUCAGUAUGCCGGAGUCCAGGAGAAUGGAUGGAGAGAGCCGCGGGUGCCACACGGGUGACUCCACCAUCAGGGCAAGUAGAGCGGAAAUGGAAGCCUCAAAAGCCCAGUGAUGCGGAGCACGCGGUGCAGGUGGCACAGCUAGUGCUUGGAUUGACAGCCGCAAGAAGUGUGAGUGCAAGUCGACUUUGA